CAUGCGCUAACCGGCGGGUCGGAGAUUUGUCGGCUGGGAAAUGGCGGCCGCAGGCUUGGUGGCUGUGGCCACGGCUGCAGAAUACUCUGGCCCAGCAGCGUCGGGAGCUAACCUCUCCGGUGUUAACGGCGGCUCAAGCUCCGGGGCAGGCCCUGGUCCUGGCCCGGUCUCGUGGAGCCGCUCCAUCGAUCGAGCGCUGGAGGAGGCGGCGGUAACCGGGGUGCUGAGCCUGAGCGGCCGGAAACUGAGGGAGUUUCCCCGGGGAGCGGCCAGCCACGACCUGACGGACACCACCCGCGCGGAUCUGUCACGAAAUCGCCUCUCAGAAAUUCCCAUAGAAGCAUGUCACUUCGUUUCUCUUGAGAAUCUCAACUUAUACCAAAAUUGUAUUCGGUAUAUACCAGAGGCAAUUCUAAACCUACAAGCUCUAACGUUCUUAAAUAUUAGUCGGAACCAACUGUCAACAUUGCCAGUACAUUUGUGUAAUUUACCAUUGAAAGUCUUAAUUGCUAGUAAUAACAAAUUGGUCUCACUUCCAGAAGAAAUUGGACAUCUCAGACAUUUAACAGAACUUGAUGUAAGCUGCAAUGAAAUUCAAACAAUACCUUCCCAAAUAGGUAAUUUGGAGGCAUUGAGAGACCUUAACGUUAGAAGAAAUCACUUAGUACGUUUGCCUGAAGAGCUGGCAGAGUUGCCUUUGAUACGGUUAGACUUUUCCUGCAAUAAAGUUAUAGCAAUCCCUGUUUGUUAUCGGAACCUCAGACACCUACAGAUGAUCACCCUAGAUAACAACCCAUUGCAGUCUCCCCCUGCACAGAUAUGCAUAAAAGGCAAAAUCCAUAUAUUUAAAUACCUGAACAUACAAGCUUGUAAGAUUGCUCCAGAUCUGCCAGAUUACGAUAGGAGACCUUUGGGUUUUGGCUCCUGCCACGAGGAACUGUACUCAGGUCGCCCUUAUGGAGCCCUUGAUUCAGGUUUCAACAGUGUGGACAGUGGUGAUAAGAGAUGGUCAGGGAAUGAGCCUACAGAUGAGUUUUCAGAUCUGCCUCUUCGAGUAGCAGAAAUUACUAAAGAACAAAGACUGCGAAGGGAAAACCAGUACCAGGAGAAUCGCAGCAGCUUAGUAGUAACAAAUGGUGGAGUGGAACAUGAUCUGGAUCAGAUUGACUACAUUGACAGCUGUACUGCAGAGGAAGAAGAUGACGAAGUCAGACAGCCCAAGGUCCUGGACUCAGACAGCCUCAGUUCACAGUUUAUGGCAUAUAUUGAACAACGGCGAAUCUCUCAUGAGGGUUCACCAGGAAAGCCGGUACCCAUCAGGGAGUUUCAAAAACCAGAAGACACAAGAAGAUAUUCACAUCAUAACAGGGUUCCAGUUGAGCCAUCUUCUGUCUUGUCACUAUCACCAGGUCACAAUCAGGUAUCACAUACAGACUUGGAACUUCAUCGGAGAAGAGAACAGUUAGUAGAGCGCACUCGGAGAGAGGCACAGCUUGCUGCCUUACAGUAUGAGGAGGAGAAAAUCAGAACCAAGCAGAUUCAGAGAGAUGCUGUCCUGGACUUCGUCAAGCAAAAAGCAUCACACAGUCCACAAAAACAACAACUCUUCUUAGGUGGCGAGUGUCCCUUCCCAUCCAGAAGGUCUCAGCACACUGAUGAUAGUGCCUUGUUAGUGUCGCUGUUAGGGUUGAAUCAAGUGGGCUGUGCUGCUACCCUGCCUCAUUCUUCUGCCUUCAUGCCUCUUAAGGUAUCUCUUGUUGCUGUAAUUCACCAGAAACCUGCAUAUUCUUUUCCUGCUGCUAUCCAAAGAAACCAGCCUCAACGCCCUGAAAGCUUCCUUUUUCGAGCAGCGGUCAGGGCAGAAACAAAUAAAGGUCAUGUUUCACCCCAGCUCUCAUCUUCUGCACCUACCACUGAUUCUACAGAUUCCAUAACAAGACAAAAUUCAAGGCAGAGAGAAGAAGAGCUGGAAUUAAUAGAUCAACUGCGGAAACAUAUCGAGCACCGGUUGAAAGUGUCUCUGCCUUGUGAUCUGGGAGCAGCUCUAACCGAUGGUGUUGUUCUCUGCCAUUUGGCCAAUCACGUGCGGCCUCGAUCUGUCCCAAGCAUUCACGUUCCCUCACCAGCUGUACCUAAAUUAACAAUGGCAAAAUGCAGGCGAAAUGUGGAGAAUUUCCUAGAAGCUUGCAGAAAAAUUGGUGUACCUCAGGAGCAAUUAUGUUUGCCUCUCCACAUUUUAGAAGAGAAAGGUUUGAGCCAGGUUGCAGUGACGGUCCGGGCUCUCUUGGAACUUGCCCCACCCAAGCAACAGCAGCACCAGUUGUCUGCUGUUUAAGGACUCCCAGCACCUUGGGCAUGGCCUAGCCCAACGGAACAGGACAACGUGACUGCUGCUGCCAGCCAUCGGCUUAAACAGAGCUCUUAUGUGGUCUUAAGAAGGACUGUCUCCAUGAUUCCUAACAGGAAUAUUUUGCUUCAUUUCUCCAUUUUAGGGGAGGUUAUAUCCAUUUCCAUUGAAUUGUUGAUGAAGACUUGGUUGGUUUUCACAAAUGAAACUUGUGUCAUGACUGAGACCCCAGUACUGAAGGCUAAACUAGCUGCUUUCCUCGAGAGCAGACUUUUCCACCCACCAGAAAGAAUAUCUCCUCAGAAGGGCAUUUAGCUCCCUUGAAGGCACGGCAGCUACAUUAUCCUUACCUGUGGAGUCCACUGGUUUCUAAACUCGGUUGUUCAUUUCAAUCUACUGGAGCAUUUGUUUAAAUACAGAUUCUCAUUCAGUAGGUCUAGAGUGAGGCCUGGGUGUCUGCAUUUUCAACAAACGUUCCAGGUGUUUCGUGUAGUGAAAACCACUGUUCCAAGCUAGAUAUUGUAUGAUUUGGGGAAGUAAUAACCCCACUGUGUUUUUCAGCCACAUUUAAAGUCAAAAGUUAUAUUACAACCACUUGGACUGUUGUGUCCAAGGCAAAACAAAAAAUAUCAUAGAACUGGGUUUUUUGGCCAAAAAAACCUUUUGUCCAAGGCAAAACAAAAAUAACAUAAAAGGCCCAGAUUUUGCGUAGUAAAACAAUGAAACAGAUCCAGUUGUAUUUACGGCCAGUGUCCUAGUCCUCCCCCAACGCCAGUCCACCACCACUUAAGAGGGUGGUUCUGUGUAUCAUCCUCUGUUAUUUCAACAUUAUAAACCAGCACUCCACACACAGGUUCCAAAUCUGUUUAGUUGAUAGAUAACUUAGCACAGCUCUGCAUUAUUUGCAUUGACGUCAUCGAGUCCCCUCCCCCUCCCCCUUCCUCCCAUGCUGCUCCCAGGGUACCUGGACCUGUGAACACCUUCCAGUCACAGCACAUAUACUUGUAGCUCCCCAUCUAAUGGAAGAUUAUGAAGACAAAGCAAACGGAUUAAAGGAAAAGCCAAGGUUCUUAUAUUUCUUUCAGGUUUCAGAGGCUGAAUUAAAUAAAGCACUUGUGGCAUCUUGAAAACAGCGGGCUGUCUUUUCAACUAGCUCCACCUGCAGCCUUACUGACUUAAUUGUGGGUGGAGUGAAAGGGCCCUAGGGCUCACCCAACACUAAGCCAGGAGUCUUUAUUCAAGGUUAAGCCACUUGGGUCUGUCUUCCCCUAUAUUUUGAACCCCUUUUAGUUAUCAGUGACAUCUUUUGGUAUUCACUGCCUUUAUAAACCAAGGAAAUAGAAGAAGUGAAAAUAGUUAUCUAGGUUUUUUUCUGUUAACUGUUUUGGGUUUUCUUUACCAGUGCAUGCAUUUGAGCACAAUGUUCUUGCUCUUUUGAUCAUCUAAAUGCAGCAUCUAAAAGCAACUUCAGAUAAAUCAUAUUGAGUAGCUGGUCAAAAUAAUGCUUUCUCCUUGUUCUCACAAGGAAACAAGUUCACCAGAACAUUACCACUUUGUCUGAGUUUAAAAUUAUAUAACAUAAAACAUCUGAGCUCAAAUCCCAAUCCUUCAGUGUCCUCACAGAAAAUGUCUUUUAAGUGCUUAGAGCCAGACCAUUUACAGUUCUAAACACACCCACCAAUCAUAUGACUUGUUUAGAAUUUAGCUGUGUGUAGUUUUAAACUAGGUAUUUUUUCUUCUAAUCAACAUUAAACCUCAGUACAAUCUCCAAAUUAUAGAGUCAUUUAAAUGAAACUCAGCAAAGUACAGGACUGUUUGUCAUGUAUUAUGCAAGAAAUAAUCCCAGAAGACCUGCAUAAUGCAACAUUUAGAACUAAUUUUCCCAUAGGAAUAAAUGGAAAUUCAAAUUUAUUUCAAAUUUUAUACAUAGCAUGAAACCUUAUUAAUGUAUUUUUAUCAAACUAAUUCAAAUUUACAUUUGAGUUAGAAAAAAACUGAAGUUUUGGUUGAUAAUGAAAGAAUAUCAGAUAUAUUGAAUUUCUUUUCUAUGUCAAGAUGCAAAAACAAAUCAUGCUGUUUUUGUAUUUGGUGUUUUAUAUGUACUUUUCUAUUUAACUGAAGAUGUUUAACAUUUAUCCUUGCUAGACUCCAGUGUAAGAUGAAGAUGACUUGAUAACAGUUCCACCUGACCAUUUAUUUAUGAGCUUCCUGCUGAAGCAGCAACGUUCCCAGUGCUGAAAUGUGAACAAAGAGAAAGGCUGUGUGCCCACCCAUUAGGGCCCCUGCCAACUACAGAGAUUUUAAGUCAGCAGGUUUCCGGGCUUUCAAACUCAUACAUGCUUAGCACUCCAACCCAUUUUGCUCUGGAAACAACUCAUGGGAGGAGGGGCCUUUGUAUCUGGCUAGAACAGAGUAGGAGACUUAUUAUUAGUAGGUCACUUUCUUUAAUAACUUUUUAAAACACAGCCUUACAGCUAAUCAAGGAGUCUUGAUUUCUCUUACUUGCUACAGCUCAGCAGUGCCUAACGAUGUGUGACUAUGCUGAUGAGUGUGAUGAGUUUU